AUGUGGGCGACGAGGCAUGCGUUGCGACGGAUCGCAUUCUGCAAUACUCGGUAUGUGCGUUCUACUGCUGUUCGUCCAUUAAGCGUCCUAACGACGCCUUCCCAACAAAAUGUCAUCACUCCGAAACGGUUCUAUGUAGCAGCCGAGCGCCAUGAGUUCCAAGCAGAGACGAAGAAUCUCAUGGAUAUUGUUGCGAAAUCUUUGUACUCACACAGCGAAAAAAGCGGAGAUGCGCCGAAGCUGACUGGUGAAAUAGCUGAAGGUCCAAGCGAAAUUCGUGUCAUAACUGAUGAGGCUAAUCGCACGAUCACAUUCGAAGAUACUGGCAUUGGAAUGAAUCGCGAAGAUUUACUCGAAUGUCUGGGAACGAUUGCCAAGUCCGGUAGUAAAGAGUUUAUAGAGAAGAACAAGGACAAUGCAGAAGCUGUUAUUGGUCAGUUUGGUGUGGGAUUCUACUCGGCAUUCAUGGUAGCGGAAUCAGUAGUUGUGACCACAAGGAAAGUUGGUGCAAGCGAGGAGCAAGGGUUAAAAUGGACUUGGACAGGCGCGGCUUUGCCACUGGUACUACCGCGUCCAUAUUCAGGGUUGAAAGCUGGAGACUCUGGUCUGAUUACUGACAAGCUGAGAAGGCUGAAAGAGAUAAUCGAUAAGUACUCCUAUUUCGUGGCCGCCCCCAUUCUGCUUAAUGGAGAACGAGUGAAUAGCUUGAAUGCGAUAUGGACAUUGCAACCAAAAGACGUCACCAAGGAGAUGCACGAAACAUUCUUCCAACAACUGGCAAAACAGCAGAAGAAAUCGGAGUACCUUCAUAGGCCAUGCUAUACCAUCCAUUAUAAGACCGACACACCAGUUUCAUUGCGAUCCGUGCUCUACAUACCUCAGCACAAGUUUUCGUUGCUUGAGUACGCUGCACAGGCUCAUAAUAGGGACUGUGGCUUGUCUUUAUAUGCUAAGAGAGUGCUUAUCAAGCCGAAUGCCGGCGAACUCCUGCCAAAGUAUGUUCACCUUUCAAACCAUUUUUGA